AUGCCCAUCGCCCCUUCCGAUGAGUUCCGCCGCCCCUUCUGGGUCCUCCUCCACAUCCAUGCCCACGCCCGCCGUAGUCGCAAGAGCGCCGCCGCCGUGGGCCGGGGGAGGAACAAUGAGAUACUACUUGCUUCCCUCCUCCCCAAUCACCCGCCGACCCCCUCCAAUCUGUACCUGUACCGCAAAAAUGGGCCUUUCGGAGAUACGCCCUGCGUGCUCUCCAUGGUGGACAACCUCAUCCUCUUCCACGCAUACACCGGGCCCGAGCUCCGCUUCCCCCCGACACGGCUGUGCGACUUCUUCGUCUACCGGGCCGACCCCAACGAGCCGUCUCUCAAGCUACUGCCGCACCCUCCAUGUUCCGUCGACAGGGAUGAUCCGUUCGGCAUCUUCCCCCGAGGGGACAAGCACUACACCAUCGCAUCGCUGGUACCGAGCAUAUCCUCUGCCUACGAUCACGUACUCCACCUGUUCGACUCCGAGACCCAGAUUUGGAGCAGAAAAGAUCUGAUUGUUGAGUCGGCACAGGCGAGCUUUCCGGUUGAUACCCCCGUCAGCACCAAGCGGAUCUUAUCCCAACACCAUACAUCCACCGUGAUCACUCUUGCAGGCGCCAUUUCGUGGGUUGACCUCUGGCGCGGCAUAGUUUUCUGCGACAUGCUCUCGGAGAAUCAUGCACUCAGCGGUGUCCCACUGCCACUGCCACAGAUCACAGGACCUGCAAGGCAUUACCGUGGUAUCGCUUUGCUUGGUGGAUGCAUCAGGCUCGUUGAGGUGGAUUCUGAAAUCGUUGAUCUCCCGGACACUUGUGAUGAAGAAACCGGGUGGGCUAUUGGCCGAACAGAGAACUGGACGAUUACCACUUGGAUCAACAAGAGUGACAAGGACGAGCGUAAUUCUUAUGCUGCUUGGAACAAGGUGACCACGCUUUGA